GGGCGGUGUCGGGGCUGUCUGAGGGAAUGCGGGCUGCCAAGAUGGCUGUCGCCGCCGCCGCUGCCGGCCGUCACCUGCUGAGGAGCUGCGGCCAGCUGCGGGUGCCGGCGCGAUGGAGAGGCCAGGCCACGGCCGCCGCGGUGACGGAGAGCACCAAGCCCCAGGUCCAGCCCCAGGAGCGGAAACCUAAAACAGGAAUCUUGAUGUUGAACAUGGGAGGCCCAGAGCGGCUGGAUGACGUCCACGAUUUCCUGCUGCGUCUCUUCCUGGACAGAGAUCUAAUGACGCUUCCAGUUCAAAAUAAGUUGGCUCCGCUCAUCGCCAGGCGCCGCACGCCCAAGAUCCAGGAGCAGUACAGCAGGAUCGGCGGGGGCUCCCCCAUCAAGAAGUGGACGGCGGUGCAGGGGGAGGGCAUGGUGAAGCUGCUGGACAGCAUGUCUCCUCGCACCGCGCCUCACAAGUACUACAUCGGCUUCCGGUACGUGCAUCCGCUGACGGAGGAGGCCAUCGAGGAGAUGGAGAGGGACGGCAUCGAGAGGGCUGUGGCCUUCACCCAGUACCCCCAGUACAGCUGCUCCACCACAGGAAGCAGUUUAAAUGCCAUUUAUCGUUACUAUAACGAGAAGGGGGAGAAGCCAAAGAUGAAGUGGAGCAUAAUUGACCGAUGGCCCACACAUCCCCUUCUCAUUCAGUGCUUUGCUGAUCACAUCCAGAAGGAGCUGAACCUGUUCCCACCAGACAAAAGGAAAGAGGUGGUCAUCCUCUUCUCAGCCCACUCGCUGCCCAUGUCUGUGGUGAACCGCGGCGAUCCGUACCCUCAGGAAGUGGGAGCUACUGUCCAGAGGGUCAUGGAGAAGCUCAACUACUCCAACCCUUACAGGCUGGUGUGGCAGUCCAAGGUUGGACCGAUGCCUUGGCUGGGUCCCCAGACAGAUGAGACCAUUAAAGGACUGUGCCAGCGAGGAAAGAAGAACAUGUUGCUGGUCCCAAUAGCAUUUACCAGUGACCACAUUGAAACUCUCUAUGAACUGGAUAUCGAGUAUGCCCAGGUUUUAGCCAACGAGUGUGGAGUUGAAAACAUCAGAAGAGCGGAGUCUCUCAAUGGAAAUCCCCUGUUCUCCAAGGCCCUGGCUGACCUGGUGUGCUCCCACCUGCAGUCCAACGAGGUGUGCUCCCGCCAGCUGACCCUGUGCUGCCCGCUCUGCGUCAACCCCGUGUGCAGGGAGAGCAAGGCGUUCUUCAGCAGCCAGCCCCUGUGAGCCGCCUGUCCCCAGCCCCGGGGGACGCUGCCCUGGCCCGGCCAGCCCACGCAGCCGCACUGCUGGGCUCCCUGCUGUUACCCCUGUGCCGGCAUGGAGAACUUCACCUUGGGGUCACUUUCCUUUGUUCCAGAGGGGAAUAAGGGCAUUUAUCCUGUGGGGUGUGAGGAGAUCUCAUCCGACUCCGAUGGGACUGAGCGUGAGCCCAGCAGUGAGCACUGAAAAACCUACACAGCUUUUUCACAAUUAGCUUCUAUUUCUAUUUCUAUGCAGGGAUUUUUUUGUAUGCAGGGGCCUCCCUUGCCAGGUCAAAGGUACAGUUGCUUUGGUUUUGCUUGAGUCUGACCAGCACAGUCUGUUGUCUGUUCUGAGAGGGACUUUGCAGCUGGCUUUGGAGAUUUUGGAGAUGGAGUGACUUCUAAUGCUUUUUAAUAAUGUGUGUGUAUAUAUGUAUUUUUAUUUUUAGAACGUGAAGAUAAGGCUUUGUUUUGGUUUGGUUUGGUUUGGUUUUGGUUUUCUCCUGCCAGAAGCUUCUGGUGAAAGCUUAGCUGGGAUAGUAGAACGCACAAAACUUGUUUACAUUUUCUAGGAAAAACAUUUUCAUUAUCUGCAGGAAAGUAUUUGAAGAGCAUAAAUUGAAAGGAAUUGGCCUGCUUGGGUGAUACUGGAGAAUUUGCUCCACUGAAAAUGGCUUAUCUGUUAAGCAGAAUGGCUUUUGAAGUUCUUCUUAUUUUUAUUACAAAGGGCUUUCUGUGUUUGGUGAAGUAAAUUUAGGAGGCCAGGCUUGUUCUCCAGGAUGUUUAUAGAUCCACUCUGUGCUAUCUACUGUGCCACAGUCCUGUGGUUUAGUGGGACACCCGUGGAGUGCCAUAGGUAGGGUUGAUCCUGUUUAAUGGCCGUUAUUUAAACGGAGAUGAUCAGUUAGGAGUAAUUUAGUCUCACAUUGCCAGUGCCUGAGAACAGGCAGGGCCCUGGCACUGAGGGUGUCCCCAGGGUCCCCCUCCUGCCCCACACAAAGCUGUGACCGUGGCGCUGAGCCCGACGUGCGGCGCCUGGCUGGCACCUCUGGGGCCGCACGUUUACUUGAUGUCCUUGGCACUGAAAUGCCAGGACCUGGGCACCGCAGGCUGGUCCCUGGGCAUUGCUGGGGCUGGGCAGCAGGUGCCACGCUGCUCUGCUCGGGUAACCGUGAGGCACGAGCAGUUUGGACCUCUGGUCUUUGGAGAACAGGGCGUUUAGAGAGAGAAGAGGCUUCUUGUGGUACAUCAGGGUUCGUCCUGCUGUGUUUUGUUGUUGGAAUUGAAGGUGAGGUACUGGAGGAGUGGAUGGAUGCUGUGUUGAGUGCAGUAAAUCUCUAAUACCUCUGGAGAGUUGCUUGCUCCACUGCCAUACCUGCUUCCCAAGGUGGAACAGACCGAGGUUCCUUCAGUGCCAGAACCUCCUGUGGCACCCUGUCGCUCACAGGAAAGUCUUCCUUGACCCUUCAUGCCUGUGCCUGUUUCAGUGGCAGGGAGCCAGAAGCUUCUCUUCUCCCUCCUCUCCCUCCCCAUGGGCUCUGCUCGCUGCCUGGGCAGGAAGAAGGAGCACAAAUGUCCAGCCUGUCUGGGAACACUGGCCUUACAUCUCUCGUUGGGCAAAGAGCUUUCUCUGCUUCACUUCUCUGAGUGACGCUUAGGGAUCAGUGCAAAACAAUCUGGUCUGGCAAAUCUUCCUACUCCUGUUUCCUCACAGCUGGAGGGAACGUGGACCUUCAGGUGGUCCAGGCUGUGACUGCCACGUUUACAAGUGUGGAAAGCAAAGGUUAACUCCAGAUGACCCUUGUGGUGUUAUAAAUACAGACGGCUUUUCAUUUUCAUACUGGAGAGAGCCCUGAAAACACUAGCUGGCACUGAUUCCGAGGCAUUACCUUUGUCCCCAGUAAUAAAAGGUACUUAAAAUUCACUUUUGAGUGUUCUAACCACAAGCGGUAUAAUUACUCUGUUGCUGGUAUUACACCAUCAUGUAGAAAUCACUUAAUUUUCCAGCUUUUAGCAGAUGGGGCCUGUCUCACAGAGCUGGUAGUGCUGUCUGCUGUCAGAGGGGAGUUUUCAUCAAGGUUUCUGAGGAGCUCCUCAUCUCUCAAGCCAAUGCCCGGCGGGUUGGGUGAGUGUCUGCCCUGAGGAGAGGUGAAUCCCGUGGUGCAGGUGCCUCCCUGAGCCCUCCUGGAGCCCUGGGCGCUUUGGGGAGGGCAGAGGGUCACCAUCCUCCUGCCCCAGGAGUGAGCUGGGCAGGGGAUCUGCCCACCACAGCUCCCAGAGCUGGAUAUCUGCUGGAAAUUGAGGAGAUAGGAACAGCCCGUGGUGUCCUGGGGGAAGAAGUGGGAAGUAAAGGGGCGAGGUUGUUUUCCUGCUUUCACACUCUGCAGUUUGGCUUAGUUUUUCAUUAUUUGAGUGAACUUUUCCCUCUUGAGUUUCUUUUUUAACCUGUCCCUCGGUCCUGGCUGCAUUUCAGAGAAGGUGGAAGCUUCCAAAAGGUGCUGUGACACCAGAGGGUGUGUGGAUGGUGUCAGAGCCGGCCUCCUGCCGUCCCCCAGAGAGGAGGAUGGCACAGCUGGGUUCGUGGGGCCAGGGUGUCCCUAGGAGUUCCUAAAUUCGGUGAAUUCUCCCUUCCCACCAUACCCAGAGAGAUGGGGAUCACCGUGAAGUGUAAGCUGCAAGGCAGAGCAGCUCCUGGGAUUUUGUUAAUGCCACAUGUGUACAGAUACUUGCUUUUAGCCCAACAUAUGCAUUUCAGAUUGACCAAGGACUUCCAUUUGAUGGACCACAGCGAAUUGGGAUAAUCCUACUGUGUGUCAUUUGCCAUAAGGGUGGAAUUCCAAUUAAAGGGUUUUUUAAGAAAUAA